GAAACCCUUUCGUUCCGGCGCGGUGCACCGUCGUCAUCCUUUUUGCAGCCGUAUUCGUUAGUGUCUGGUAGCCCAUCGAUUCGUGUGGGCUGUCCUCUCACACUGCUCGCGCGCACACGUCCACGCUAUCACCACUUGCAACCCACCCACGCCCGCCUGUCCUACUCCUGCUUAUGACUAUAGUCCAAUGUUAUAUACAUAUCCUUUCUGGUUCCCUUUCGCGCAGACCCAUCAUGGCGUUCUCCUCCUCCAUACACAUGAAACGUCGCCCUGCCCCUUACGCAGCAGCAUUCCUUCCGACAGUGUAUAUCUAGACAUCUCUACCGCAGAAGCCCGACUGAUCACAUACGCAUCCUUGAUCGCGAACAGCGCGGUUCAAGGCCAAUGGCUAUUCACAAGGAUAUUGAGCUUGCGACCUCAUCGCCAACUCGAACGACAUCCAACUUAUCCACAAUGCUUAAAACCGAGGUCCCACUUGCGAGUGGACCAUCACCCUCGCUCGCAGAUAUUGCGGAACACAACAUCUCUUACUUCCACACCUAUGCCUCUGAGGAAGAGAGCGCGUCGUCAGUGGACGACGAUGCCAUGAGUCUAUGCUCGCUGUCCUCUGUAGAUUCUCAACCCGAGAUCUCAAUAUUGGGAGCGCCUGCACGUAAUCCCGAGAAUGUCAGAUGCUGUCGAGCUCGAGCCGUCACCUUAUUUCCUGCCGGAGAGGUUCGUGUCAUUUCCGUCACAAGACGGUCACGAUCUUUGACGAGCAGAAAACCAUCACUGGCACGUCAGCGAUCGUUGCCGCUGCGGGAUUACGACGAGACGAUCAGCAACGACGGAAGCCGCUCCCGCAGCAGCCAAGAAGAUUGCAGCGACUCAUCAUAUACUGCGCACACCAAGUCUGGCCAUUCAUCAGCUACAAAUGCGUCAGAAGCAGGAACUUUAAACAUUCCGAAGCGUCGAGCCGCUCGUAUACCUCCCAGUGUACCGUUAUUCGAGGCUGCUUUGAAGAUGCACUCGCCGACAUCGAGUCUCAGUGCUGCAGCCUCCGAGCAAGGCAUUACGGUUGCUGAAUGGCUGCAAGACGAACAGACAUUUCCAUACAGACGGUCGCCCACGUUCCCAGCCUCUCCUAGUCCGACGAGCCUGGCACGCCGCAAGACCAGCCGUCUCCCCAGUGGUCUGACCAUGUCGCGCCUCGGAAAGGGUCUCAGUCGUCGCAAUUCAACCGCAAGCGCCACAAUUGCCGACCACUCAUCGAGCAACAAUCAGCGCCAUGAGUCCAUCUCGGCUCUACCACCUGCGCCAGCAGGCUCAAAUUACAGCCCUACGGGCUUCCUCGGCCGCAGCCAGAGCGUUCGGACUAGGAUGGUGGCUCGGGGAGCCAAUGAGCGGGCUCCUGUCAUCACGUUGCCGCCGUUCCCUUCAAUCACCGAGAUACAAGAUGAUUCGCCCUUGGCUGGAAUCCCUCAACGUCAACGGCCUGAGCAGCAAUCAUUCGCUCCUGCUGGGCAACGGCCAAGCAUAUCAUCACAUCUGCUCUGCGUGUGAGCUCCAGCCUCGACACCAGGCAUUUGCACAUUUUCUUUACUGUUUGCAAUAUUUGAUAUAUGAUAUCCGUUCGGCGAGGCGUUCACACAGGCGUUACAUCUGACGCAUUUUUGGGGUCCUUGACUCUCAUCGGAGGAGAACUUGGAGUUGUAGGACAGGACUCUCUGAUGGAGCCUCGGCGGUAAAUUUGAUCACGGAGAGGCGCUUGCCCUCUACCUUAUUGGCGCACGGGAACUAGAAGGAUGAACGAUACCAGAUAUCACGCAAGGUGAUACAUAUCACGACGUUGGGAGAGAAGGGUUCUUCACACACUGUCACCAGAUUUACUCUGAAUGAUAGCAGUAUACAAUGUCUACGAUCUAAUGAAAUCUAUCUUUACAAAAUGUGA